GAGAGCUGUAUAAUAAACUAGUACACAGCAGUGCCUUAUCCUGUGUGUAUUUUUCAUCCAAAACAGGAACCGUCAGUCCACCUAUACUUUCUGACAGCAACCGCAGCAUAUCACCUGGAUAAUUACUGUCAAGCAUGGCUGUGUUUGAGAACUGCUCCAUGCUCUUUGAGCUGAAAACUUUGCCCUUCAAGGAGAAGACUAAGCUGAAAUCAGCAGUAACAGAAAAUGGAGGCCACAUGUCCUUUGUGGUCAAUAAACAGUGCUCUCUGAUAGUGACCAGUAACGUAUCCAACCUGAGCUCCAACAGGCUGCGUAGCAUUCAAAAAUACAAUACGCCUGUGGUCGGGGUGGAUUAUGUGUACAGCUGUCUGGAGAGAGGUGUUCUUCUGCCUGUGGAUGAAUACAAGCUGGACAUUUCCUCUGCUCUUUCACUUGAUCUUCCUUUCUCCUCGAUGAUGCAAAGUCCACUCUCAAAACAAGGCCCAGCCAAGCCUGUGGACUCUGACCAUCAGAAGGCAGGGUCUCCAGAGAGGAGUGGAAACAUUCUGGAAAUGUUCAGAAUUUAUAAUGAAACUGAUUUUGAUCUUCCAACGUAUCCGGAACAUUUCCAAGUGGCUAAGUAUUCAAUCUUUGAAAAGAUAAACAGCAAGACUUGGUGUGUGCUGGAGCUGCAGAGUUACAAAGGAGAGAAAGGACAGCAGUACCGUGUGGUCAGGUACUGCAAGGAUGAUAUUGGAAACAAGAAGGCAGCAGUGAGAGACAUGCUGGUGUUUGUGUCCACCUCAGAGGAAGCUCUGGAGGUGUACAAGGCCCUGAGAGACAAACUGCAGGCUACUGGUCUGCAGCUGAGGAACAACACGCCUUCGCAGGCCGGGGACCUGGGCUCCGCCCCCCUUCAACAGCUCCUCCUGGAGGAGAAGCUGAACACAGGAAGCUUAUCACAGGAAGUGGGCGUAUUUGUGGAGCUGCUGUGGACUGAGGCCCUGGGCUGCCUUAGCAACAUCCUCAGAGUUCCUAUCAAUAAGCUCAGCCUCAACGAUGUGAGCAGGGCGGAGGGAUUGUUGCUUCAGGCUCAGAGGAAGCUGAGAGAGGGAAAUAUUAAUGAGGUGAAGUCCCUCCUUAGUGAGGUUUACACCCUGCUGCCGCACAAACCACCACUGGUUCACUUGUCUCCCACUGCCAAGUUCAUCUCUCAGAAACUGGACCUCUGUCAGUUAAUCAAAGAUGUUCUGAAUGUGAGCGAGAUGACUCUGAGAUGCCCCACGCCGUCUUGUCUGGGGAAGUACCGUGCUCUGAGGUGCAGCAUUGAGACUGUCCCCCCUGGCACCGCCGAGUUUCAGGCUGUGACCGCUCUGCUGCAGGACAGGAAGGUGCAGGUCCAUCAGGUUCUGUGUGUCAGCAGAGGGGUGGAGCUACAGACGUUUAAAAGGGACAUUGGGAACAUUAAGCCCCUUCUCCAUUCCUCCAGCCCCAGCAACUUUGUGGGACUGCUGUCUCGUGGUCUGCUGCUGCCCCGUGUUGGAGUGGAGCAUCAUGGGAUAGAGAGAACUGACGUUGGUAAUCUGGGAAGUGGAAUCUACUUUAGUGAUUCCAUGAGCACAAGCUUGAAAUACUCCAAGCCCAGUGAGACAGACGGCUCUCGGCUGCUGUUGGUGUGUGAUGUGGCGCUGGGACGAUGCGGGCGGGUACACAAGAGAGACUUAACACUGACCCAGGCUCCUGAGGGCCACCACAGCGUGCAUGGGGUCCGCUGCACCCCUAACACUCCCUCUGAGUUUGAGGACGACGAGUACGUGGUUUACAGUCCUGAUCAGGUGAAACUGAAGUAUGUGGUUCAGUUCAGCGUCGAGGGAGAACAACUGAAGGACUUCAGUCCUGCCAUUAACACUUCAACUGAGCUGGGUCUGCCCUCUAUAGACCAGCAAGAAACAGCUCCAGAGUGUAGCUUGGAUGAGGGGUUGGAAACCAUCAAAAACCCACUGGCGGAUGUGAAAGCUGGGCUGUUGGACAGUUCUGGUCAGCAGCUCCCUCUGCAGGCUGUCCACGUGAAGUGCAAGCUGAUGGAUCUGCUUUCUCAGGUCAUCAUUUUCCAGAAAUACACCAACCUGAGCCCUGUUCCCAUUGAGGCAAAAUAUGUCUUCCCAUUAGAUGAUUCUGCAGCAGUGUGUGGAUUUGAAGCUUUCAUCAAUGGGAAACAUGUGGUGGGACAGGUGAAGGAGAAAGAGCAGGCUCGCAGGGAGUACAAGCAGGCUAUUGAGAGAGGCCAUGGCGCCUACCUCAUGGACCAGGACGCCCCCGAUGUGUUCACCAUCAGUGUUGGCAAUCUUCCGCCCGGUGCGACUGUCCUCAUUAAAGUUACAUUUGUGUCUGAGCUGAUCGUCAGGGACGGGAGCAUUCUCUUCUCCCUGCCUGGGAGUGUGGCUCCGUGGCAGGAGAGUGCAGCGCUCAACCAGACUACACAAGUCACUGUGGAGAAGGUGUGUGUGACUGAUGAGGCAAGAGAGUUCACUCUGGACGUGUCAGUUGAGAUGCCGCAUGAGAUCACCAACCUGCAGUGCAUCACUCACAAAGUCAAGAUCAAGAGAACCGACUGUAAGGCGGUGGUGAGCGUGCUGCCAGGAGAGGUCAUGGGUCAGGAAGGUUUCCAGCUGUCAGUCACUCUGUCUGAGGUCCACCUGCCCAGGAUGUGGGUGGAGAAGCACCCCGACAAGGACAGCCAGGCUAGCAUGUUAGUUUUCUAUCCAGACUUUGAAAACAACUCCAGUUCAGCAUCCGAUGAAGUCAUCCUCUUGCUGGACACGUCUGAGUCCAUGAAGGAAGAGUCUCUGCGCCAGGCCCGGAAACUCGCCCUGCAGGUCCUCAAAACUCUCGACAGCAACCUCAGACUCAAUGUCAUUUUCUUUGGAACAGAUCACACCGAAGCUUUCCUGGCAGCACAGCCAUAUGUUAAAGCCCGUCCGGCAGCCGAGAGCUUCAUCAAGAGCUCCAGCCCAGUCGGGGGCAGCACUGAGCUGUGGCGGCCUCUGCGAGCUCUCAGCCUGCUGCCUCCAUCCCGCGGCGUCAGGAACCUGCUGCUGCUGUCGGACGGCCAUAUCCAGAACGCAGAGCUCACCUUGCAGCUGCUCAGAGACAACGCUCAGCACAGCCGGCUCUUCACCUGCGGCCUCAGCCCAACAGCCAAUCGGCACAUGCUGAGAGCCCUGGCCAGGGCAGGGGGCGGAGCCUACGAAUUCUUUGACACAAAAACAAAACACAAUUGGGCAGAGAAGGUGGCAUGUCAGGUGAAGCGCAUGUCGUCUCCCGGCUGCAGUUCAGUGUCAGUAAAGUGGCAGCAGUUUAACCCAACAGCGGCCCCUCCUGUGCAGGCCCCCAAGCAGCUCAAUGCUCUGUUCAAUGACUGCCACACCUUGGUUUACGGCUUUGUUCCGCACUGCACUCAGGCCACUCUUCUUGGAAACCUAAGCGGUCAGGAACUCAAAACCAUGGUGUCGACCAGUGAGCUGCAAAAGACCAGGGGCACGUUUCUUCACAAGCUCACAGCAAGGGCCCUCAUCAGGGAUUACGAAGACGGAAGCUUGGAUGCCAAUGAAGCUGAACAUGAGGGGAAGAAAGCAGACUUGAAGCGCUUCAUCAUUGAGUUAAGCAAGGAGUUCUCCAUCCUGUCUCAGUUCACCAGCUUUGUGGCCAUCGAGGAAAGGGACUCCGAACAAACGGAGGACGGCUUCACGGACAUCCCCAAGUUAAUACAAGAUGAAGAUGUGGACUUCCUCCCCUACAUCAGCUGGAUUUCUCCUCAGGAUAGUAAAGUGGAUGAUACAUCUUCGGAGAUGGAAGAAUGUUUAGAGAUGGAUGAGUGCCCGAGCUAUGAUGAUGUCCUUCCUGAUUUUAUGGCAACAGCAUACUAUGAUGAUGCAGAGUCUGGUGAUGAUUAUGAGUCGUGCGUCGUGACAGCGGAUAUGUAUGAUGACUGUACAGAUGAAAUGAUGUCGGAUAAAGGACUUUGUCUGACAGACAAAAUAAAGGCUCUUGCACACUAUGCACCCAUGAAAAGGAAACUCAGAGUGAGCUCCAAAGAAGUGGAUGGCCAAUUUUUGUGUAGGCAAAGCCUACAGGUCAUUCAGCCCGCUCAUUUGAUCGUCUUCCUGGUCUUCCUGGUCUUCCUCUGCCUUCAGCUUUCAUUCCAGCUCUUGGCAGUGGGUCACUGGGUGAACCGAGUUCAUCCAGUGCAGAGAUACAACAUUUCAGUCAACGUCUCUCACCAACAACAGACUUUUGAUACAAGGGAGUUUCUGCCUGAAGACGAAUCCAUUGAACAGGAUUAUAUACAGAACCGUAGCGCUCAACGUUCGAGGAGGAGAAUUGUGCGCUAUGGGGCUUUCUCAGUUCAAGCAGCCCACGAGUACAAGUCAAGAGAUCCUAAAGUGCUGCAGGUCAGAUGGACAAAGAUCUUUCAGAUGCAGCAUUCGGAGGGCUACUGGGAGUUAACCAAAGAACUGGGUGAGCUCAUGAAUGUCGAUGCAGACCUCUUUGCCAACGUCUUCCUGAAGAACAAGGGCAUCCAGUCUCUAGGUGUGAAGGCCCAUGAAGACAUCCUGAAGCUGGUGGCAACUCUUCUGGUUCUGCAGCUGAUGAGGGUGGAGAAGCUGAAGGAGGGCAAUCUGCUCCGUACGCUCUUCUGUCUGGACGACUCGACUCAGCCGAGGCCCGAGCGGUGGGAACAGGUGAAGAGGGCGGUGGACUGGGUUUGCUGGGCUGACCGGCAGUACCCGUGCGUCUACAGCCGGUUGGAGUUUGGUGUGAGCUGGGAGACCUCCACCCGUCAGCUGCUGGGUUUCGAGGGCCUUCCUCCCUUCUCACCUCUUAGUGGUCUGAACCUGCAGAGGGCAGUAGGGAAUCUAAUGGUCCACUGAGCAUGCCAACAUAACUGAGGGAGCAUGAAAAGAAGAUAGUGUGAGAGAAAUUUAUAACGCUUUUCCGUUUUUGAGGGGAUUUCAUUUUCUUUUGUGGUCUUUAUUGACAAGACAGCUUGAAGGGAGUGGGGGGGGGGCACACACAGCUGUGGGUCGGAUUCAAAUCCACAGCCGCUGCCAAGGACUCCGUGGGGCGCAUACUCUACUGAAUGAAAUAGAGGUUGCACUGGGAUGAGAUUAUUUUAGCAAUUCUUUUCUGACAUAUGCAUGAUGUAUACACACUUUAUAGACUUAAAUAACCAGCUCCAGCUGAUUUCUGUAGUAAUCUGAUUUCUUUAACUUUACAAAUACAAGAAUUUAAGUUUCUUUUUUGAUGCAGGGGUUUGGAGAUUUAGCUUUCUCCUGGUUCAUUGCUUGGACAUUUACUGAUAUACUAAUAACCGGGUGUUUGGAACUGCUUUCUACAUGUACGCAUGUCUAUGACAAAGCCUUCAGACAGGGAAAUUAUCCAUGUUCCAACAGGAUAAAAGGAAAGGUCAUGAAGAGUAGCAGGGUAUUGGUGUGUUUAGAAUAUUCCCAUCCAAAUUUACACUAAAACGAAAACUAUUUGCUGUAAUACAGCAGCAUCUAGAGGUGCGGUUUCCUCUGAGUGUUUGAAUGUUAAAUUUAGACAAAAUCAGGAAGCAGUGCCUUGAUAUUUCAAGGAAGCAGUGAAAGUAAUUUUGUAAUAUUUCCAACUAAGGUCAGAGAAGUGGAGAAAUGUGAUGACUGACCUGCUGCAUAUGUAACCAGGGCCAGAAAAGCAGAAUUUAUAAGUCCAGGAUAACUUAUAAAUCAAGGCUUUACCCAGAAAUAUUGUGCGUGCACAUGUGCUGACAGGUCAGUUUUAAAAGGGAUUGAAAAGCCAGCUUUGACACUUCUCUUUUUAUUUUAGAAACUGCUUUUGUUCUUCCCCUAAAACCUAAAGAGAAAUAUAGAGAACAAUCCUAUAAAUUAUUU